AAAUAAUGUUAAUGAGCCGCUGUUCUGCAGCACUGACUGCAGAGGGGGUGUUCUGACCAGCCUCAGACUGUGCUGGUGGCUUCCAGCCCACAAAAGUCUGACGAAAAAAACAUCUCCAUGGAGACAAGACCACGUACGGAUUCACCAGCGAGGAUUGGAGCCCAGAUCCCAUUUAUACAGACUGACCCAGAGAGAGAGAGAGAGAGAGACAGACACAGAUCACAUUCAUAGGUUGGACCAGGAAAGAGCUGGAGCUCAAAAGUCACUUGAACAGAAGACAUUUGUGCAUAGCAUCAAGAACUUCACUCAAGACUGAAUCCAGGGCAUUUUAUAUAUAUAUAUCUAACAAAAAAAAACAGGACAUCAUGUUCUAUUUCACUUGGAAAGGCUUACCAGUGACUUUCUGAAAAUAAACCAAACAGUCUGGUCAGGAAUUUGAGUGCACUAUUUUCAGGGUUGACUAACGUUUGAAGAUUCAACAUGGCAGAAAGUAAAGCCACCAAUGUGCUGAGUUGGGAGCAAGUGAGCAGACUGAACGAUGUCCUGACUGAUGUGGUCUUUAUUCAUGGCCGUGGGAAUUUUCCCACUUUGGAGGUCAGGCUCAAAGAUGUGGUUAAGACUGUGAGGACCAGGCUUUUGGAACGUGGAAUUGUUGUACGGGAUAUCCGUCUUAAUGGGUCAGCAGCCAGCCACGUCCUGGUCAAGGACAAUGGCUUGAGCUAUAAAGAUUUGGAUUUAAUUUUUGGGGUUGAUCUACCAGGGGAAAUGGAGUUCCAGUUGGUAAAGGAUGUGGUGUUGGGAUGUCUUUUGGAGUUUCUUCCUGAAGGGGUCAAUAAGGAAAGAAUCACCCCUCUUACACUCAAAGAGGUCUACGUGCAGAAAAUGGUGAAAGUCUGCACAGACACAGACCACUGGAGCUUGAUCUCACUCUCCAACAAUAAUGGGAAGAAUGUGGAACUGAAAUUUGUGGAUUCCCUUCGUCGUCAAUUUGAGUUCAGUGUGGAUUCCUUCCAGAUCAUUUUGGACUCCCUUUUAUUUUACUAUGACUACUCUGAGAACCCAAUGAACGAGCAUUUCCACCCAACAGUGAUAGGAGAGAGUGUGUAUGGGAACUUUGAGGAAGCCUUGGAUCACCUCAGGAACACUCUGAUAGCAACCAAGGCCCCAGAGGAAAUCCGAGGAGGGGGACUGCUGAAAUACUGCAACCUUCUGGUCAGAGACUUCAAGCCAGCCAGUGCAGAGGAGAUCAAAACGCUGGAGCGGUAUAUGUGUUCUCGUUUCUUUAUCGAUUUUCCAGACAUUACUGAACAGCAGAGAAAAAUGGAAGUCUACCUCCAAAACCACUUCAUUGGGGAAGAGAAAAGCAAAUACGACUACCUGAUGAUCCUGCGCAAUGUUGUGAAUGAGAGUACUGUCUGUCUGAUGGGACACGAAAGACGUCAGACUCUUAACCUAAUCAGCCUCUUGGCUCUCAGGGUGCUGGCAGAGCAGAACAUCAUACCCAAUGUCACCAAUGUCACCUGCUAUUACCAGCCUGCUCCAUAUGUCAGUGAUGCAAACUUUAGCAACUAUUAUGUCGCACACACUGCCACCUCAUACCAGCAUUCAUAUCCUACCUGGCUUCCCUGCAACUAAUCAGUAAUGCUAUGUUCACAGUUGACUCGUGUGCAGCUUGAUCCAGUUGAACCAUGUGCAGCUCAACACAGCUCAGCUCACCUUAAUGGGUUCUUGCACUCACAUAAGAUGAGAAGGGAACAAACCCAAUGGUUAUUGUACAUGUUGCACGUAUUAAACUGCAAUGUGAAUACAAGGAUAAUACGCACACAUUACUUUUUGCUAUGGGAAAGAUUUCCAAAAUAGAAGAGAAACCACUAUGAUACAUGAAAGAUUAAAUUUGUGAAAUGAGUCCACACAGUAGCAAGAGCCCCAAUAGUACUGUGUUGUAGUGUUCUUGAGAUAUUAACUUGCUCACCUUGUGGAAAGUGAAUCCAAAAUUGAUUUGUUGCCUGUCAUUUUUACACUGUGUACCAGGAGUGUUUUUCUCAAUUUUUAAAGUAGAAAUGCAAAACUUGAUGAUCAUUUAAUGUAUUAAAUAAACAUCCAUCUAAUGGUGACCACUGCAAAAUGAAAUAUGGAGGAUGCACAGUGGUAAGCAGCAAUAAUAGUCACUUGGUAAUAAUAGUUUUUUAUUUAGAAAAAUAUAAACUGCAGAAGCUUGUAACAACUCUUUGCCAAAUUACGUUCGAGCAGUCAGUUACGUUGGGGGUCAGGAUUGAGAAGAAUCUGUGCACUUGUGGUGAGGAAAAUAUCACAUUGUAACCCACAGGUGAGGGGGGAAAACCCCCCCCUGCAUUACAGGAAAAUGGAAUCUGAAAAUGAGAGUAUGUGACCCUGAUGGGAUCAGCAAUAGUAUAAGGGCCACGGAAAUGAGUAAUCUGGAAAAUUAACCUUUUCAAUAAAUGUGAUCAAUUGGGCAGUCUUUGACUGGGGAAAAAUGAUAGGGCAGGAAGGAGAUAAUACCAUUGGAUGAAACGUUUUGUGAUAAAGAUUUUAACCAUGGGAGCCUAGUUAGUUGUCUUCUUGAACAAAUUUGUAUCCUACUUUUCUGCACGUUUAAAAAGCAGAAUGUUGGCAAUAGUUUUGUUCUCCCUAAACAGGACUGCAUUUGGUACCAGAAUGAGCUCAAUGAAGGGCAAAUGGGCGGUGGGAAUGAAUUUAUUAUGGAGUGACCCAUGGAAUCAAACUCUUGGUGAGAGCGCUGCUGUUUGUAGCUGUAUAAUAGUGGGUUACAGGUUGGUUCUUUGGGUGUUAUAUUGGCCUCUUCAUCUUAAUUGUUAUCAGGCAAUGGAGGAGAUUGUACAAUUUCUCCUGCAGCCCAGUAUAUCUGGCUCUUAAAAACAAAAUUGAAGACUGGAGCUGUUAUAAAAGGUUAUCAGUGAGCCAACUGGAAUCAGAGUAUUAUCAAAGUACUAGUUGUACUUUGUGGAGAUGUGUCAACUGGUCAGUUGCACCCUGGCAAACAGUUCAUUGUAUUGUAAGAAAUGUAGAUUGUUUAGAUUUUGAGAACACCUUUGUUGGGUUUGAUCCAUAGCAUGCUUAUUUUAUAGAAACUCUGAACCAUUAAACUGGCAAGAGUUGCUUGUUGGCUUGAUUUGCUGCCUCCUAAGAAAGGGGCAAUGGCUGGUGGUUGUUUUUUUUUUUACAUUUUUUUUUAAAAGUUCCAGUCCAGAUUUAUGUUCAUCCCUAGAGUUUCUGGUUUGCCGUUCAAACCCACUUUUUGGGUGGGUGGAGGGGGCGAGGAAAAAAAGUGAGAGUGCCCCAAACAUUAGAGUAUUUGGUUCACAUAAAUGGACAGCAGCACAGUUGAAAAUAAAUAUUAAAAUCUAAUGGAGGGGAAAUGCACAGCACUUCCAUUUCUCUGAAACAAGCCAAACAAAGAGUACUAUCAAACUUUGUUAGUGAGGUUUUGUUCAAGACUUUCUUGUGCACGUGUGUGUUUAUGAAUGCAGUCAAUGCAGGAAAAGAACUGGUCUCGAACAUUCCAGUUUCAGUGUGAACAUAGUAUUGCUAUCAUCCUCACUGUGAAGAGGACGCAGCUUAUUGGAUUCAUGACUUUUAAUUNAAAAAAUUAGAUGCUUAAUUUCAAAAACUCCAGCUGGAAUGCAUGGAAUUGAAAAGUAGUAAACAAGAACUUUUGUAAAAAAAAAUGGGUUUAUAACUUGUUUUGAUGAAAUAACACAUGCACAAUGUAAUCACACGCUGAACACCCAAAUUGCAACUUCAGUCAAAAACUACUGGGGAAAGGUUUGUUAAAGUACACAAGCCCUAGUUAAAGUUGUAGAUAAAUGUAAUAUCAAGGCAUCAGUCUUUUAAAGGAUGGUGUGAUCCCAUUGACUGUUUGUAUGUAUCUACUGAGCAGGCUGGGCAGUUUCCAUGUCAUUGUUGUUGAUCUCUUCAUUUACAUUUUCAGGACCACACCUGAAGUUCUCGUCAGAUAAAUUUGGUUCCAAUCCUGACAAGACAAGCAUGUGUAAAAUGUAACGGCAUGCUCAGCAAUCAAUUAGAAACAGGAUGUUUAUAUCCUUUUACACUCAAAAGUAGGAACAUUCUUAAAAGAUUUUUUGAAAAUACAGUAGAUCUUUUCUAUAUCUCAGAACCAUGAAGAGAAAUAUUUUGGAGGUUCCUUUCUCUCCCCUCCCCAACUCCAGUGUAAUGACCUUUGCUAGGAUAUUGUACCAUGUUCAACAGGUGCCGUCCAUUGUUGAUCAGGCCAUCUCUGGAAAGGACUUUCAUAGAGGGGAAACUUUGACUUGUGUUCCUUUCACUCAGCUUGAUGGCUGGCUGAAAGGCACCAACUGGGACCUUCAGGAUCUGCAGGGCUGAGUAUCACCAAUUGUUUGCCCUGACCCACAAUCAUCAUAGUAUUUUUAUACAGUUCCUCUUUUUUUGAGAGAGAAUUUAUAAAUGUGCUCUUAAUACCGAGAGUAAUACUGUUUUUUGAGAAUUACUAUAAAAUACAGCUAAAUCUGAUGUUCAUUUGGCAAGUCAUGUCUAGUUCAGGUUUGUUUAGAUGCACGAACAUUCAAAGAGACAUUGUGAAAAAUGCAUUAAAAUUCUUUGCCUGGAUAAGAUAUUUUCUUCAGAUGUGUGUGUCCCAGAUGGGUGAGAAGGAAAUUGACUUUGACCCAUAUCUGUUAUCAGUGGGGUGUGUGUGUUUUUUGUGGUGAGUGGAAAGCAGGGUUAAAAGUUGAAAAAUUUGACACACAAACAAGUUUCACUCCUAAAAGAAUUAAAAAUGUAUUUUUUUCAUUUUGAAAAGUAAUCCAAUUCCAUGUGUAGUGAAUAAUUAUUUACUGGUGAUGCUUCAGUGUGAUAAAAUCACAACUGGAUAUUUUUUCUCCAGACUGUUUUGUGCUGCUGUUGAAACUCGAAAACCUGUAAACCAUUGUCCCUAUUUGAGAAUAAAGACUACCAACGAAA